ACACAAAUCACUGCAGGUUUCAUACAAUCUGAAUUCUGAUCUGAUACAAUCGCUUGUUCUUAGAGUUUCGCUAGGCUGUUUGAGAAAAUUCUUGAGUGACUGAGUGUUAUUCAGAAAGUUUGUACCUUUGGAACAUUUCGGAUAUGGAUUUGAAUAAUUUAGUGCUUUUAACAAUUAUUACAAGUUUUGGCACUUUGUUGAUGAGAGUACUUUAUAUUUUAAGGAAAAUAUAUGCCCAGCAGAACAGACUUACUGUCGAAAAGAAAUCAUUAAAAGUUAUACUUUGCAUUGGAUCCGGAGGUCACACUACCGAGCUAUUAAAAAUUGUAGCUCAAAUGAAUUUAAAAAAAUACAGCCCAAGGCUUUACAUGAUGGCUGACUCUGACAAUAAUAGUGAAACUAAAAUAAUCUCCACUGAAAAGGAUACAAAAGACUAUCAAAUCUGCAAGAUUCCAAGAAGUAGAAAUGUACAUCAGCCCUAUAUGACAUCGAUUUUCAGCACCCUCCAUGCUAUUUUGUACUGUGUUCUACCAAUAUUUAGAUUUAGACCCGAUGUUAUAAUCUGCAAUGGCCCUGGAACAUGCAUUCCAAUUUGUUUUGUUGUUUUUUUAAUGAGAUGUUUUUGCAUUCUAGAUUGCAGAAUAGUGUUUAUUGAAAGUCUUUGUAGGGUAAGAACUUUAUCAUUAUCUGGCAAGAUACUACAAUUUAUAGCCGAUAUUUUUGUAGUCCAGUGGCCACAACUUCAUAGUGUGUCUUGGAGAAGUAUGUAUUUUGGUAGACUUACUUAAGUUGGUUUAUAAACAUAAAUGGAAUUAUUCUAGCUUACAUUAAGGAUUGGUCUCUGCUGGGCUCCAACUAGGUACUGCAGGCAUAGUCUCAAUGUAUGGCAACUAAUGCUACUCCCAAGUGGGCGUACUAGAACCAGUCUUGAACAAUGUGUGAUGGUGACAUGCUACAUGUUCUGUUAAACUUUGCUAAUAAUUGGAACUAAAAUAAUAUUAUUUUUUCAACUAACUCCAUGUACAGGAAAGAGUAGAGAAUAGUUUUUGUCUUUAAAUUUGAAAGGUCCCUGAGACAGUCUAACAUAAACUGAACAUGUAAAAAGUUGCUAGAAUUUUAAGUAUAAUUAUCAAAAACAAGUUAAAAUACUUAUUGUUAUCAACCUAAGGUUGACUAUUAUUGUCUAGUAUGGUAUUAUUUGCAAUUGAAUUGUAACAAUAGAGUACUGCCACAGAUUAUAGUUUAAAAUAAGAGAAAAGCUGAGAUGGCUGUUUACUUACUUUUGUAAUAUUUUAUAAAACUAGAUAUAAAUAAAACACAUACAUUAAAUAUA